UAUAUAUGUACACGCUUGGUCAUUUAUUAGUACUCCGUUGAGGAAUUUUAUGAAUGGUACAUAACUCACUCACUAUCUUGUAGUAAAGUAUGUUGAAAAAACGCGCACCCCCUAUCGCACGUCAUUUUGGUCCUUAUGUGCGGGACCGUAAGAUCGUUGCUCGUAAGCUCGCCGAGCAAUUUCCUAUUGGCCCGGAAUUUUUUAAAGGUUUCAUAGCUUCUUAGCACGCCGUAGUAAAGCUAGAGAGAGUGGGGAUCCUUGUGCGCCACAGAAGAACAUGAACAAAUAGAGUGAAGCGCUUCUACGCAAUGUAACAGGAAAUAGUGCCGAAAGUGUUGUCCGUGUGUUUAGAUUUUUUUUUUGGUUUUGUUUUUUUUUCUCGCGAUUCUCGAUGGAAGGUGGACUGGAAAACGGAAAAGGUUCGGAAGGAGGAAGUGCUAGCCAAGGUGGAUCGGAGGCUAGUUUUGGCAGGAGAAGAGGAAAAUGCAAAUGGUUCAACGUGGCGAAAGGAUGGGGUUUUAUAACGCCUGACGACGGGGGCCAGGACGUGUUUGUGCAUCAGAGCGUGAUAAAGAUGUCUGGAUUCCGAUCUUUGGGCGAUGAGGAAGAAGUGGAGUUUGAGUGCGUUGAGUCGGUUAAGGGCCUUGAAGCAACUAAUGUUACAGGACCUCAAUCGAACGAUUGCAGGGGUUCUAACAGAAGACCUACUGGAAAGAAACGGUUCAGGAAACUGAGGUGUUACAACUGUGGAGAAUUUGCGAAUCACAUUGCGGCAAAAUGUUCUCUUGGGCCUCAGCCCAAGAGAUGUCAUAAUUGCCGAAGUGAGGAUCACCUCAUUGCCGAUUGCCCCUCAAAAUCUGAACCACCAAAGACUGACUCAAACGAUUCCACCAAGAACUCCGAAGAUACUCCUAAAAAGGAGGAGGGAACUGCUCCAGAAAAAACGGAGGAUUAGGUUCCUAAUCUCCGUUCAGAAGAUGUAUUAAUUUAAUGCCUGAUAUAUUGAGUGGGUGCCUUCUGGUUGUAUACAGCCAAGGAUUGAUGAACUACCGUAAUGUGUUCACUAAAUUUAAGAUAUUCGUCUUUUUGUUCAGAUAUUCUGUCUGUAUAUUCAUUUUUCAACAGGGACCACACUCUGGUUAUCUUUGAAAGAAGUAUUUUGCGUUUUGGAAGAACUGAUACAGGGUACUACUGCGAAAAAAUUUAAGGGGUGAUUCAGGAAAAAAAAAACUUAUCAACACAUACGUAGAUGAGUUGUAUAGGCUGGAAUUAUCUUUUAACUUAAAUAAACCUAGUGAGCUAUCCGCUUAAUAGGUUUUCCUAUUAUGCUGGCAUAAUAGGAAAACACUUUGAGUAUUGAGUAUUUUAUAUUGUAUGGGAAAACACUUCCAAAAAAUUUUUGUUUGCUUUCUCGUUCACAGAAUAUCUGAUCAAUUUUAUAUCUUUCAGUUUUUUUCAAUUUAAAAAUUGUUUUUCAUUUGCCAUCUUCAAAGGGCUGUGUCGAAGCAGAAACAGCUCAAAGAAAAAAAAAUAUAUGAAAGACCCACACUAUUUUUUACAAGAAAUCACCCCUUAAAUUAUUUCGCGACUAUUCAUGUACACCCUGUAUAUAACAGGUUGAUUCAUGAUCGAAAAUAUAAAUUUAAGUGUUUUAUACGAAACUCAUUUACUGAAGGAGAUUUAUUCCCCAAGUUCAGUCGACAUUACACUUCGUAUUCGAUGAGAAAAUGUCAUGAAGAGAUUUCUUCAGAAAACUCUUCAGAUCUUUCUAACUCGAAUACGCCUUAUGCCAAAUUGACUAAACAAUAAAAAAAGUUCGAAUUCCUGAAUGAAGGUUAUAUCGAAAAAUAAUGAAAUGAUGCAACCGUAAGAUACCUACAAACUACAAUUCUGAAAUAUUGCCUUUGAAAACGCAUUAGAGGAGAAUCAAGCUUAUCGUAUUCAAUUUUAUGAGCAGUUCAUCAUCUAUUUCAAUUUUGAAUUUCUGUGAUAUUGAAAAGUGCGGAAAAUAUUGAAGACAAUAGGUACGAUUUUUUAAUAUUUUCACGUUGUUGAGAAUUUUUCCUCGAGUUCGUUUUCCAAGAGGCAUCAGAGAAUUACAGUACUAGGUAAUGGUAGAUAGCAUCGUUCAUUAGCAUAAGCAAACUAGUGAUGCGAUUCGAUUGUAAUAUUGUUGGAAACUAUCCGAAUUGUGUAAAUGAGUUUUAGAUCGAAAUUAGUGGUGACUUUAUUCCAAUAUUAUAAUUUUAGUUUUUUUAUGUUUAAAGAUUUUUUUGAUUCGAAAUUUUAUAGAGAUAUAUGAAAAUGAUAAUAAAUUUAAAUAGUUAUAGGUUGUAUAUUUUUCGAAAAAUACAGUGAUUACCUCUCA